GAAGUUUCCCCAGCCAGUUCGCGGGUACUCAUCCAACAAGCACUCCCAUACAGCCCACCAACAACGCGCACCUCACGAUGCCGCUAUUCUCAAAGAAAGCCCCAGAGCCCAAGAAGCAGACCUUCGUCAUCGCCGGGCUGACGGUGAACGUGUACUCGCAGCCCAAGGCGACGAAGCCCAACGCGCCCGUCGCGAUCGCGUUCCUUCUGCACGGGCGGAACGGGAGCGCGCUGCGCAUGGAGGAGUUCAUGCUCGGCAUCUUCGACGGCAUCCACGCGCGCCGCGCGAAGCACAGCGGGGACGCGCAGGAUUUAUACAUCGUGACUUUGGAUCAUCGUAACCACGGAAAGAGGCUGGUCGAGAAGCAGGCGAACCAAGGUUGGUUUGACGAUCCGACGCAGAACAACGACCGCCAUGCCAUUGAUAUGUACGCGAUUCAAACGGGGACGGCACAAGACGUGUCAUACUUGAUCGACUUCCUGCCCUCGUAUCUCUUCCCCAAUGAGGAGCGGACGAUCUCACAGUUCCUGUGCAUCGGGAAGAGUCUCGGCGGGCACGCUACCUGGAUCGUGCUCCGCAACGAGCCGCGCAUCAAGAUCGCCGUCCCAAUCAUCGCAUGCCCAGACUACCUCGCGCUCAUGUCCCGCCGCGCGCGCUCCCACAAGCUCCCCGUCGGCCCGCCCUACUUCCCCGCCUCCCUCCUCGCGCUCAUCGCGCGCGCAGACCCGUGCACCGCGCCCUACACCGCGCCCGACGCGUCGAACCCGUUCCACGGCAAGAAGAUCCUCGUGCUGUCCGGGCAGGACGACAAGAAGGUGCCGUGGACGAGCGCGCAGGCGUUCGUCGAGGGCCUGGACGUCGGGCCGCAGGGCGUGAAGGAGGUGAUCGUCGAGCCGGGCGUGGGGCACGAGUUCUCGGCUGCGAUGGUGAAGGAGUGUGCGCGGUUCGUGUGGGACCAUGCGUUGGUGGCGUAAGGCGUCGCGCAGUAGCAGAUGGAUGUGUAGGAUAGGCAGACGACGUGUUCGUGGAUGUGUAACAUAGCAUAGAUAUCAU